AUGCAGCAGAAGACUUCCCACUUGACGCCCAUAUGUGUGGCCUCAAGCCGAGAUGAGAAUGAGCCGUCUGUACCCAGAAAGCACCACGAGCGAUAUUCUGAUUAUAACCAUGCUAAAAGUAUAGAAUGGUCUCCGGACGGCACCACCAUCCUGACUGACUCGGCCGAUCACCAUAUGAGAACCUUUAUACUGCCCCCUGAUCUUUUGGAAGAGAGGCAAUCCCCUCACCAUCUCACUCCUUACUCUGUUCUGCCUUCAACGGAGCCAACCUAUGCCACUGCCAUUUACCCGUUCUAUUCCCUUCAGGACCCGUCCACCACUCUCUUCCUCUCGUCAGUUCGGGACCAUCCGAUCAGGCUUGCAUCUGCCCUGGUGCCAACCUCAGUGGCGAGCUAUUCCCUGGUAAAUCCCACCACGGAAGCAUUCAUAACCCCUCAUUCCUUGAUUUAUCCCUCUGCACUUGGUGGUACUCAUUUCCUCGCAGGCUCGGAUAGUCUCAUUUGUCUAUUUGAUGUGUCCCGUCCCGGGAAAGAUGGACCAGUGACGUGGAUGCCAACGAUACCAAGUAAACGUAAGCAGGCAGUGGGUGGAGGCGUCGGAAUGAAAGGAAUUAUCUCGGCAAUGGCCGUCAGUCCGACCGGCGACGGAGUGCUGGCUGCUGGCACCUUUUCAAGGCAUAUUGGACUUUACGACUCUAACGGAUCCGGCCAGUCCCUCGGUACCUUUAGCGUUGCAAAGACGGAAGCAAAUCGUCACAUCGGGGGUCGGGGCGUCACUCAGCUUCUCUGGAGCCCUUGCGGACGCUACCUUUACAUUGCAGAAAGAAACAGCGAUGGAGUCCUGGUCUAUGACAUUCGAGCCACCGGACAGCUUCUUGGCUGGCUUGAGGGCCGAAAGGCUCUAACGAAUCAGCGAAUGAAAAUCGACAUCGUACCGACCAACCAGGGCGAAUCUCAUGAGAUCUGGGCCGGAGGAACAGACGGUUUUAUGAGAGUGUGGCGGGACCCAGCUCUCACAGCAGGAUCGCAGAGCCCACUUUGGGAGUGGAAGGUCCAUGAUGAUUUGGUCAACAGCACUGUUCUGCAUCCCUUGGGUAGCAUCGCUGCUACCGCCUCUGGACAGAGACACUACUUCGAUGAUACCGUGGGAGAGAAAAGCGAUCCACUCACAGCUGAUAGCACUUUGAAGAUCUGGUCUAUGCCAUUCUUGGAGGGGUAA